AUGAUCUUAUUAAUUGAUUCAUAUGACUCGUUCACCAAUAAUUUAGCACAUCUUAUAAAGAGUACCACGAGUGUAAAUGUUGAUAUUGUACAUAAUGAUGCAAUAGAUGCGAAGGAUUACGAGGCAUUUUAUAAGCAGGCGGCUGAAAAAUAUCAAUGUAUUGUUAUAGGCCCUGGCCCAGGCCAUCCAGCCAUUAAGGAGGAUAUAGGUAUUAUCGGUUGGUUGAUCAAGCGCAUUACACAAGAUGGUCCCGAACAUGCUGUCCCUAUUUUAGGGAUUUGUUUAGGAUUCCAAAGUUUAUGCUAUGAAUUCGGCAACGAAGUGUCUAGGCUUCGGAAUGUCAAACACGGGCAGAUCUAUUCAGUCGAGCCAACUGGAGAAAGUGGGUUGUAUUUGAGCAAGGAAGGUUUUGAUAGUGUACGAUAUCAUUCGCUUCAUGUCAAAACACCAUUUUCAAGCAACAUUGAACCGCUCGCGUAUUGCAAUGAAAUAGAUAUAUCAGAUAAUGAUAACCAUUUUAACGGAGACGCCGACGAGAAGGAGAAGGAAAAGGAGAAGGAGAAGGAGAAGGAAAAGGAGAAGGAGAAGGAGAAGAGGAAGGACGAUAUAAAAGGAGCGUCAAAAAUUCUUAUGGCUAUGAAAAUAAGGGAUUUCCCAUUUUAUGGAGUCCAGUACCACCCAGAAUCCAUUUGUUCUCAAAAAGGUAAAGACUUGGUGAAGAAUUUCAUAAAGAUUGCCAAUGAAUACAACUCUAAAUACCGUCGACUUAAGUGUCCUCUGACACGGGUGUGUGAUAGUACUCAAACAAUGCUCAGAAAUGGCACCUCCAAUGAUUCCUCCAAAGGCACCUCCAAUAGCACCCCCAAAGGCACCUCCAACGGCUCCUCUAAUGGAUUUACCCAUCGAUACCAGGAUAUUCAAUUCAUAAAACUCAAUCUUAAUGAGAAGAUUACUCCCAUAGAUAUAUGUGAUCAUUUCUACAAAGAGGAUGGUGCAGCAAAUUUCAUUCUUCUCAACUCCGCCUCUACGCCCGGUGAGUGGUCAAUUAUCGGAUUCCCUACUCCUGGAAAAAGCCCUGUUAUAACACACUCUGUGGAUGACAUAAACCAUGUCUCAAUCUCAACUUACAAGUCCAAAAACAAAGAUGUUCAAACAAUAAAAGUCGACGGAAAAGAAGGAAUGUGGAGUUUUCUUGAAGAGAAAUUACGCGAAAAGUUUAUCUCGCGUGAUGAUUUGAAAAGUAAAAUUAAGAAUUACCAUUCAAGAGAAAUUCCCUUUUUUGGAGGAUACAUGGGUCUAGCAUCAUAUGAAGAAGGGCAACAUGUAAUGAUCAAAAAGCUUCUGCCCAUUUGUCGUGAAAACACGACAACUCCUGAUUUGAAAUUGGUUUACGUUGAAAACUCUUUGGUAUACGAUCAUAUAACUAAAGAGUGGUUUCUUAUUUCCUUGGAGAAUUCAGACUGGGCUAAAGAUAUGAGCCAAACAUUGCAAUCUAUAACACCAAUAAAUAUAGAUUCAGUGCCAUUAACCGUCAAGGACCUUGCUAAGAAAUGCGACAGCAAUUUAAUCAAGUUUGAUUUUCCUUGCUCAGAAAGUUACAAGGCUCAAUUUGAAAAAUGUCAGGAAUAUUUACAUUCUGGGGACUCUUACGAAUUAUGCUUAACUACUCAACUGAAGAUUGUUUUACCUUCAUACAUCGAGCCAUGGGAUAUUUACAAGGUGCUUACACUUCACAAAAAUCCUUCACCGUUUUCGUGCUUUAUGGAUUUUGACGACUGUUGCUUGAUAUCAUCUUCACCAGAAAGGUUUUUAUCUUGUAAACAAGAUGGCACAGAGAAAGUUGUUGAAUUGCGGCCAAUCAAGGGUACUGUGAAGAAUACACCCGAUGUCGAUAUUGCUAAAGCCACAAAAAUUUUGAAAACGCCAAAGGAAAUGGGCGAAAACUUGAUGAUUGUGGACUUGAUUAGGCAUGAUUUGUACCAAUUCACAGACGAUGUUAGUGUGACACAAUUAAUGGCGGUCGAGGAGUACAAGACUGUUUAUCAACUAGUUAGUGUGAUUCGGGGUGUUUUACCAGAGGCACCAAACCAUUUUCAAGGUCUUGACUUGCUCAGGUAUUCGUUGCCCCCUGGGUCAAUGACAGGAGCGCCAAAGAGAAGGUCAGUAGAGCUUUUGCAAGAUAUCGAAGAAAUGCAGCUGAAUGUUGUAAAAGGUGGUAGAAGGGGUAUAUAUAGUGGAAUAGUGGGGUAUUGGUCAAUUACAGAUGAUUCUGAUUGGAGUGUUGUUAUCCGGUCAAUAUUCAGCUAUAAAGAUGAUGUUGAAAACUCAGAAUCAACAAAUAUUUGGCGAAUAGGUGCCGGUGGAGCAAUAACAGUUUUGAGCGACUGCAAAGGAGAAUGGGAGGAAAUGAACUUGAAACUUACAAGUGCAUUACAAGCAUUUAGGUAG